AUGGCGCUUCGCGGUUACUUGACCGUCUAUGUCAACCUUUGCUGGGCUCUCGGUCAGCUCAUCUCUGCUGGAGUGCAAGCCGGAUUUUCUGGCAGCACCUCCCAGUGGGCAUACCGCAUUCCAUUCGCAAUCCAAUGGGCGUGGCCUCUACCUUUGUUCACCAUCCUAUGGUUUGCGCCAGAGUCCCCUUGGUACUUUAUUCGCGUGGGCAAGGACGACGAAGCUGAGAAACUGCUUUCGCGGCGUCGACCGCCGCCGUACCGAAUCGCCUGCAUGGUCUUCAUGGCACAGCCUUUCUGUGGCUCCGUCCUUGGAGGCACGCCUACAUACUUUUUCGUCCAGGCUGGUCUUCCCGAGUCCAUCUCGUUCCGCAUGUCAGUCGGCGGUCUCGGUAUCGCAUCUGUGGGCACAGUGGCAUCUUGGCUCCUUCUCGGCGCCUUUGGCCGUCGCACCCUGUAUCUCUGGGGUCUUGCGCUGUUGACAUCCGUUCUCAUGACCGUCGGCUUCAUCAGCGUUGGCGCUGGGGACUCUUCGGGCGGCAACUACGCCCAAGUGGCCAUGAUGCUAUUGUGGCUCGGCAUCUACUACAUGACCGUGGGGCCCAUCUGCUAUGCCAUCAUCUCCGAAGUGUCGUCGACCCGUCUGCGCAAUAAGAGCGUGUGCCUGAGCCGCAUCGCGUACUACAUUGGGCAGAUCGUCUGCAACGUGAUUAAUCCAUACAUGCUGAACCCAACGGCCGGCGAUUGGAAGGGGAAGACGGCGUUCUUCUUGGGCGGGUGUGCUUUUGCCUUCUUCGUAUGGACCUUCUUCCGACUACCAGAGACGAAGGACAAGACGUUUGCGGAAUUGGAUAUCCUCUUUGAGAAGAAGAUUGGGGCGCGGGAGUUUUCCGGGUACAAGGUGGAUGCGUAUGCUCAAGGAGGAGAGUCUUUGGUGAAGAAGGGAUGA